UUAGGCUUGGCUCAGGCGUGGUGCCAUUUAAUUCAACGGGCGCAAUGAGGCCCCUCGCGAGCGUGUUCCGAUCCGUCAAAAAUUGUCGCCGGAAUAGAACAUCUGCGGCGGAUCAUCAUGGAAAAAGCACGCCGGAGUCCCGACACCACAGCCGGAACGGAGGUGGAGGAGCACGACUCAAGCGUGGCAGGAAGGCUGGAGAUUGGGAAGUCUAUCUCAUCGUCUCAUCCCGAUUGCCUAAGACUUACGUCGGCGUCACCACCGACUUCUCGCGUCGACUGAAGCAACACAAUGGCAUAUUAAAAGGUGGAGCAAAAGCAUGCUCUGGUGGAAGGCCUUGGAGUCUUGCAUGUAUUAUUCGAGGAUUCAAGGAUCGAAGUGAAGCUUGUGAAUUCGAGUCAAGGUGGAAGAUUGCCUCGCGGAAAAUGCCAAGGAAGAAAAAGGAAUUGUGUGCUGCAAAUCCAGUAUUGGAACAUCGCCAAACGGCUUUAGACCAUGUUCGUAGAUGGUUCGACUGGAGUAGCUUGCAAAUAGAAUGGAAAGCCAACUCAUCUUAAUUUAUGACAGUGUAUAUUAUCAGUUUCAUCUCAAGUUUGUUAACUAAAGCUUCUGAUUGUCCAAUGAUGGCACCAGAUGAUUUUUCGUUGUAAAGAAUUCAGAGUACAAGAACAUUUUCUUUUUGUUGUUUUGAUAAUUGUAAUUAACCUUAUCAUUCUUGCAAAUCUUAGGAGCCCUUCGAUAA